AUGUACAGCUCAGGGGACACCACCGUGAUCUGUGUCAUCAUGCCUCUCAUCCUCACCGUCGGCUUUUUUGGGAAUGGUGCGUUCCUCCUCGUGGUAGCUCGCGUCGAGUGGAUGCGACAGGUGUCGUCCAACUCCUACCUCGCGUGCCUAGCGGUCGUAGACAUCACCUUUGUCGCCGUGGCUGUCGCGGGUAAGUUGUCCCGUUUCCUGUCCUCCCCUGUCGUCACGGACGAGUCCAUCUUGGGAGUGCCGGGCUGUGUGCUCUUGUACUUUGUGUCUGACCUGUGUUUUUAUGUGUCACUGUUCCUGAUCACUCUGCUCUCUAUGGAGCGGUACUCUGCCGUGUGCAAGCCCUUCUCGUUCCGGAGCAGCUCCGAUGGAAGGAAAAGGGUGGUGGGUCGAAUUGUGUGGUGCUGGGUCAUCAGCGCAUCGGCUGCCUGUCUCCUCAUCCCGGACAGGUUGGAGUGGGAUGAGUCAUGUAUCACCUGGUCCCCGCCUGAAGAGUUUGAUCAACUGCCCCGGAUCACAGGGAGCUGUACGUCGGUGGUCGCGUGGUAUUUCAACUUCUCCAACUGCGUUCAGGUGGUGCCGUUCUUUGCGACGAUGUUUGUUAACUUCUCGGUCUACGUACUGAUCGCCAGGAAGCUCCGACAGCAGGCACGCACGCGUCAAAGACUAAGCAGCGAGAUUGCCCUUGAACAAGCCCAAAUUAGGGAUCAAAUCACGCGGAUGCUGAUCAUCAACGGUACUACCUAUUUCGUUUUCUUGAUGCCUUUCGAGGCACUAGCACUUGGUCUAGCCAUCAAGAGACUUACCGGUACACCAUCAGUUCUUACCGAGGACCAGUUCUCUCUUACGCUCAAUAUUUGCCGCUGCUUGCUUUACACCAACUCUGCAGUAAAUCCAUUCAUAUACACGCUGACGAGCCCGGCAUACAGACGGGCGUUUGUAGAGGGACUGUGCCCGUCCAAGUGUCCAAGAGGUUCGUCUCAAAAUCUCAUCGGAAUGUCAAACAUCCAAACAAAAGCUAGACUGGACAGCGAAAGACGGCUGCAGUGA